ACCCCGAUUGAAACUCCUGCUCUUGACUUGAAUCGGGACUUUGUUAAGGAUUCAGAGGAGCAUUCUCAAGGCUUAGCAGAAGCAGAGCACCUGGGAACAUGGCCCUGCGAGAGAGAGAAACCAGCAGCAGCUCCAUCAAUGACAAGCAAGAACAGAACUGCAGUCGUGUUAUUACAAUUGUCUUCCUGGCACUCUUCAUCGACUUGUUGGGAUUCGCUCUCAUUUUGCCACUGUUUCCUUCCAUCCUUGAUUAUUACAGCCAGACUGAGGAUGGAUUCUAUUUGUCAUUGCAACGUGGUGUGGACUGGUUUGCAGUGAUGGUUGGGAUGCCUCCAGAGCGGAAAUACAACAGUGUCUUGUUUGGAGGUCUGAUUGGCUCAAUCUUUUCCAUACUACAGUUUUUUUCCUCUCCCCUCACUGGUGCUGUGUCAGACUGCUUGGGCAGAAGGCCUGUCAUCUUGAUGACAGUGAUGGGUUUGAUAACAUCAUACGCACUAUGGGCUGCCUCUAGGACUUUCGGCGUUUUUCUUCUCUCCAGGAUCGUAGGUGGAAUAAGCAAAGGGAAUGUCAGCCUCUCCACAGCUAUAAUUGCUGACUUGCACUCUCCAAAAGCACGGAGCAAGGGCAUGGCAAUGAUUGGCGUUGCUUUCUCCCUUGGUUUUACCCUGGGUCCCAUGAUUGGAGCUUACCUAGCCAUGGAGACAGAGAAAGGAGAAGUCUUCUAUCUUCAUUCGGCAUUGUUAGCACUCGUGUUUGCUGUGGCUGAUUUAAUUUUCAUCUUCUUCCUACUUCCGGAGACACUUCCCAAAGAAAAACGGGUCUCUUCUGUGACAUCUGGAUUUCAGGCAGCAGUUGACUUGCUCAGUCCUUUGGCUUUAUUUCAGUUCUCUGCAGUCACCCGAGGAAAGGAAUCCCCUUCAGAGGAGAAUUUCUCUCCCCUCAAAAUCUUGGGCCUGGCUUAUUUCCUGUACCUCUUCCUGUUUUCGGGCUUGGAGUAUACACUGAGUUUUCUCACUCACCAGAGAUUCCAGUUCAGCAGCAUGCAGCAGGGCAAGAUGUUUUUCUUUAUUGGAAUAACAAUGGCUGUGAUCCAGGGAGGCUAUGCUCGCCGAAUCAAGCCAGGAAAUGAAAUCAGAGCUGGAAAAAGGGCUAUUAUGUUGCUGAUUCCAGCUUUCUUGUUAAUUGGAUGGGCUGCAAAUGUGACCAUGCUGAGUGUUGGACUGUUGCUGUACUCUUUCGCUGCGGCCAUUGUUAUCCCGUGUUUGUCAGCAGUGGUGUCAGGCUAUGGCUCUGCCAGCCAGAAAGGACGAGUCAUGGGGAUCCUGAGGAGCCUGGGCGCCCUUGCCAGAGCCCUGGGACCGAUCCUGUCAGCUACAGUUUACUGGCUGGCAGGGGCAGAGGUUUGCUUCACUGUCUGUGGAGCUUUGUUCCUCAUCCCCUUCGUCUUACUUGGUUCUAUAAAACAGCAGACAAAGGAGGAGUAGGAAGUAACCACCGAACUACCACCAGCUUCCAAGGACCUCUACAAGACCUGACUCUUGGCACCUGACUCUGUGGAUCAAAUGGGAAGAGGAGGAUUUUUGAUCUUCUGGAAGGGGAUACGCCACAACCAUUUGCAGCAACAACAGACUUCAGGUUUCUUCCGGCCCUCUGCAAGCAGUUAUGUUUAAGACAGCCUGCCAGCCAGGGGGGCUAGUUUUGCAAAUUAAAAAAAAAAAAACCAACCCACAAACCAGUUGAGUAAAGCAUUAAGAUCUUCAGACAAGCAGAGAUGGGCAUGACAGCAGCACAGCACAGCGCGACCCCAGUUCACCACCAAGUGCUGUUGAACACCGUGCUGUGGCAUACACAGAGCUCUUCUCUGCUCCUCACCCUUCAUGAUCAGCACAAGCCAGACCAAAGCCACUGCCCGAAGCCCCUGCGACGAGGCCUGUUUUGUCUGGUUUUGGCUAGCAGAGAACAAAGCCUCUACCGGGGAGUUUCUGUACAAUUGUCACUGGCUCUCCACAAAUGCUCAGUGGACCUGGUAGCAGCUGUAUUUAACCGCCUUAAAACAUGACGAUGGAAACCAAAAGCGAGAAGCAUACUACAGGCUUCCUGAGCCUGGCUGAUACUUUGGCACAGGUGGACUGUUUUUGAUGUACAAUUAAAUUUUGAGAUGUUUUAUAUUUCUAAUACUGUGGGAUGUUUUGUAAUACUGUUCUUUUUGUAUUACAAAUAAACUAUUACAUUGUCCAC